AUGGGGAAAAAGGAGUUCGACGGCCUUUGCAAAGGUCGAUGUGUGAUGAACAAUGAUUUAGCCCCUACGCUUCUUCUCCUGGAUGGCCAAUUCUCGAAAUGGGGGGUGGGAUAUGGCCGCAUGGACAUCGACCAUGGUGAUGGUGGUGAAAGGCAGGGUAUGCCGCAGACAUUCCUUCUGCUUGUUCCGCAGAAUACACUUGUGUGUGUGUGUGUGUGCGUGUGCAUGCAUGUGUAUGUGGCAAUGGCUCUCAUUUCCGUCCGGUUGAUGGUGUCGAGGAGGCGUCGUGAAGGAAGCUCGGUUACAAGUCCUUGCUCUGGGAAUAACGAACUUGGGUGGUGGUGUCGUGCUGUGAUGUGUGGCCAGUAUAGCCUAUCUGGAGUGUGGACGGCCACGACAACGGCCGGACAAUCAAUCAUUGCGCCGACUCUCUUCUGUACGUGCCAUCGGCUCGAUGAUGGUGUCGAUGUCGUGGAGGGAUCGUUGAGGUGGUCGAGUACAGAACUAUCGACCCAGGACCAUGCCAUGUUCGGACCGAUAUUUCGUUAG